CAUAUAGCGGGACAAAGUAAUGAGAGAACAAUAGCUAGAAGAAGGAGGACAAGACAACACAAUUUUUUUUUCAGUUUGUUUUCCCAACUCUAUGCUUUCACCAUUUAUAGGUAUGUGUGAGCGUGUCUGUGUGUGAGUGAGUGUAUGUGGGCGUUUGUGUGCGUGAGUGAAUGUGUGUGACUGUGUGUGUGUGUUUUGUGUGUGUGUGAGUGAAUGAAUGUGUGAGUGUGCAGCACAGUGGGUUCUUCAUCAGUCCAAGGCUGAGAGAUGGGCGUCCAUGGGAGAUGACGUGGAACCCGGUCCAGUAGACAGAUGGGUUCAGAGUGGAGAUGAAGCCCGCCAGGUGUAGAGCUCCGUGGCCGACUGAGACACAGAGGAGACUGUCAGCGCGCUCCAAGAGCAUGGUGAUGGGGGAACUGUCCCGGAUCUCCAGGCCCUGUUCCCCUCCAGAUCAACAGAGGGCGCUGAAGGCCGGCUGGCUGAAAAGGCAGCGCUCCAUCAUGAAGAACUGGCAGCUGCGCUGGUUCGUCCUGAGCAGCCAGGCGCUCUUCUUCUACAAGGACCAGGAAGAGGCCAAGGCUCAGGGCUGUAUCCCUCUCCAAGGUAGUCAGGUUAACGAGAUUCCAGCCAAUCAGGAUGAACCUGGUCGCCACCUGUUUGAGAUUAUUCCAGGAGGUGCUGGAGAGAAGGAUCGUUCAGGGCUGAGCCAUGAGUCUUUCCUGUUGAUGGCUAACUCCCACAGUGACAUGGAGGACUGGGUCAGAGCUAUACGCAGAGCCAUAUGGACCACUCUGGGGGGAGGUGUGUUUGGCCAGCACCUGGAGGAGACCAUGCUGUGCGAGGCCCAGUGUUCUCCCCAGCGCAGGGUCCCAGUCCUGGUGGAGCAGUGUGUGUGUUUCAUCUUCCAACAGGGGCUUGGGGAGGAGGGACUAUUCAGGGCCCCGGGACAGACCAAUCUUGUGCGAGAGCUGCAGGACGCUUUUGACAGGGGAGAGAAGCCUCUGUUCGACAGUUCCACAGAUGUCCACACAGUGGCGUCACUGCUCAAGUUGUACUUGAGGGAGCUGCCUGAGCCUGUGAUCCCAUUCACCAAAUACACCCAGUUCCUCUCCUGCGCCCAGCUGCUCACCAAGGACUACGAGAUGGGGAUCCAGGAGCUGGUGAAACAGGUCAAGGCUCUUCCUCAGGUCAACUACAACCUCCUCAAGUACAUCUGCAAGUUUCUGGAUGAGGUCCAGACCCACUCCAGUGAGAACAAGAUGAGUGUUCAGAACCUGGCCACCGUGUUUGGUCCCAACAUUCUUCGGCCCAGAGUGGAGGACCCUGUCACCAUGAUGGAGGGCAGCUCCCAGAUACAGCACCUGAUGACCCUACUGAUCAGCCAGCACUCUCGGCUGUAUGAGAGGGAGGGGCCCGAGGACGAGACCAAGACCCCGACACCCCCCCCGCAGGCCCCUGGCCAGCGUGCCAUGGUGGGCUGGGUCUCCCACGAGGAAGUGAGGGCUCCCUCUCCCUCCUCCGAGUCAAGCUCCAGACCCCUAAAGGAGGCCCUCCAGCCGGCCCCCAGCACCCCCUCCCUGGACGCUAAAGCCCCUGAGCCAGCCUCCUCGGGACAGGCAGAGGUGCCAGCAGAAGACCUCCAGGCAGAAGGGAGGGAGAAGACGAAAGCAGAAGGGAAGAUAGUCAGAAGGGCGGAUGGAAAGAGCGAGGGAAAGAGCGAAGGAGGAGCAUCCCUUAGCCCUAGUAAGCAGUCCAAACCUGUGCCCUCCUGGAGGUGCUCCUUGAAGGGGGGGGCAGGGGCCACAUUGGGGGUGGGCAAAGGGAAGAUGGGGGGGUCCGCCGGGGACAUGUCGUCAGUUGCCACAGGCAACUGGCUGAUGAACGGCCUGUCGUCGUUACGCAGCCAUAGACGGACCGCCUCCUCGGGAGAGAGACUGAAAGACUCCUCCCUCUGCCUCAAAGACUCCACCCUCUCCCUCAAAGAGGUCUCACACUCACUAAAAGACUCUCAACAACACUCGCUGGAAGACUCUCCCUGCUCUCACGUAAAGCCUUCCCAGUCCCACAAAAACUCUGCCCACUCUCACAGACUCUCCGCCUAUGACAACGUCACAGCCACACCCUCCAGUCUAAGCGUGCCUGUCGAGAGCUCCAACUCCUCCACCUGGACAUCUUGUGAGAUCUCAUUGGCUGAAUCGACAGGAAGUGACCGAGUCACGCAGGGUCCGGAGUCGGGGCAGGGUCAAAGUUGGCGCUCGGAGGCUGGGGACAGCAGCGAGGUUCUGGAUCAGUCUGUGAGCAGCGCGGGCUGUGGACGGUCUGACCCUGAGGAUGACCUCAGCAGGGGUCAAGGGUCAGGGGUGAACGAGAGCCUGACAAGCCUGGUUUCAGAGCUGAAACAGGAGCUGAAGAGACAGAGGAUAGCCUAUGAGACGCGUAUUCGCAAGCUGGAAGAGGGGUUUUCUGUGGCCCAGGAUCAGAUGAGCCGCUUGGAGGAGGACCUGGACCAAGAGAAGAAGAGGUUCUGUAUGCUGGAGAUCCGCCUGAAGAAUUCGGAGAGGGCGCGCCAGGACGCGGAGAACCGCAACGUUCACCUGCAGAAGGAGAUGGAGGAGUUCUUCACCACGCUUGGAGACCUGACGACGGGAGCACCACGUACCACAUAAAAGACCAGCUGGACUAACGCUCCCUUGCCUAUCGUAGGGCAACAGAACACCUCCUAGCCUAUCAUAUGGCAGCAGAACACCUCCCAGCCUAUCAUAGAGCAGCUGCACUCCUCCCAGCCUAUCAUUGGGAAGCUGAACUGUUCCUAGCCUUGACUGCACUGGAGAGCUUUGUGCAGCUCCAAGUGAACAGCUCUAGAUACCAAAGAGCUUGUUUCAUGGAAAAUCAUCUGUGCUGCCUAUAAUAUUACAAUGUUGGUGGUCACAGGGUCAACCCUUGUCUAGCAUGGCUGGGGCCUUCCUACAUGUCAACCUCUAGCUUAUUUUACCUAGGAGACUAUCUAGGGCACUGCUCCAGUCCCUUUACCGAAAUGGAAAUAUUGUAGAUGGAAACUAGUAAUUAUAUUUCAUUCAGACCGUCAGUUAAAUGCUUUAUCUGACAGAUACUGUAUGUGCAUCAGGUUCAGUAUUCCCAUGGUUACUUGCACUGACCCAUGUAUAAUUCCUUGUUCAUUCAUUAACCCGCUUUAUAAGAAAUGUAUAAUAAUAAAUUAUGUGAAGUGAAGACAAACCACGAACAAAUUCAACCCUUUAUUGUCAGGAGUUGCAGGUUGACAUUGUCCUUGUACACUUUAUACAACUGGUCUGGAAUCAGGCCAUGUUCGGAUCCAAAGGCUAAAACACACUACCGGCCUUCACCAGACGAACAGCACAAGACCAGGACUACUGUUUACUGUGUGUUUGGCCAAGCCAUUCAACUCAUCUCACUGGUUCCAUCUCCUUCAACGUCCUAACCAAAUGGACUUCUAUAAAACUGGUUUGGCGUCAAGCCAAACAGCAUCUUCUGUCCUCAUGUUUUCUGAUCAGUGCAGAGGGAGAGGAAGCAAAGAGAGGAGGCCAUUUUAGCCUGUUUAGACGCAGCCAAGAAAGCAAAGAGACAGGGUUUAAACAGUACAGUUUAAACAGUACACGUUUUAUCCACACUGCGUCAAUCUCUAUGCAGAAUUUAUUCAGGCCAUGCGUGACAUUCCCAAGAAUUGCAUUCUGGGAGCUGACGCCAGAGGCUACUAUACAGCAGCCUGAUUAUAGUUCAACCGGGAAGGGAACCCAAUCCCAAACUGGGAGAUAGGGACCAGAGUAUAGGACAGAGGAAUACGUUUGGAACUGAGCCAACAAAAACACCUUAAUCUAUCAAAAGGUAGCCAUGGCGAUUACCAAACUGUUUUCAGACUCCCAGAGAACAUAAAUCUACUUUUACAAUGUACAGCAGGACCACUUACUACCUAUAUA